AUGACAAGCCCUCACCUCCCAAAACGAGAGAACCCUGUGCUGACAUGGUUGCUAAUCCAAGUGCCAAGGGCAAAUAACCCUAUGCAUGCAAACACCAAGGAGGGUCAGGCCAAAGCGGAGAAGCGACUCGCGGAGGAAUACCCAGAGGCAGCGGCACGGAAGAAGAGUCGCCAGUUUCAGGGAGCUCCUACCGCUCAAGACGCGUCGGGACGUCCAGAGUCACAGGCGCCGAAGGAGGAGGACGAAGAGGCCGGAGCGCCCAUGGGCGUUGAUGCGGAAGUGAUCAGAGUCAACCGUAUGGACGACGAGCUCGAGGAGAGUGACGGAAAGCACCAGAAGACGUCUGGCGCAUCGCGUCCCCUCCCCGCCGCUGGGAACAAAUCGGGGACGGCGCCAAAGCGCGCGAGCGGCAAGUCGUCCCAGUCGUCCAAGCGCAGCAAGACUUCUAAGAGCGUCACGACCUCGAAGGCGCCCAAGACAUCUACGAAGCCCAAGACCUCGAAGGCGCCCAAGUAG